CAACCAAACCAAAGUAAUAAAGACGACCUAAAUGGUUCGACGACCUCAAAACCCAGGUUUAAUCUAAUAGCCAAUCCCUGAGGUUGAUUGAUAAUGGCGGACGAUGACGAAAGAAGGGUUCUUGAAGAUCAACUUGAGCUUCAAUUACAAGAACAAAGAGAAUCAAUCGCCGCUCUUGAUGAAGCCCUAGCCUCUGACCCCCAAAAUCCCGAAAUCCUCGAGGUUCAUGCAGAGCUUCUUCAAGCAAUCAAAGAUGCAGAAGAGGGUCUCUUCGUUCUUAAACGAGCUAGAUUAUUGCAAGAAGUUGACAUGUCUCUACAGAUGGCAAAAGAUGGACGUAAUGGGAGAAAUCAAGAUUCUCUUGAUUCAAACGACGUUAAAGUGGAAGCGUUGAAAGAACCCGAGGAUGUGAAUCAAGAUCCUCUUGAUCCCAAACAAACAGAAGCGGAAUCAAAUAAGGUAUUCUCUGUUGGAUCAAAAUGUCGCUUUCGCCACUCAGAUGGACGAUGGUAUGACGGUUUGAUUGUUGCAAUUGACGGGUCUAAUGAUGCAAAAGUUUCCUUUCUUACUCCAACAUCAGAGAAUCAGUUGAUUUGCAAGUUCUUCUUGCAGCAACGGUGUCGAUUUGGUACAAAGUGUCGUUCGUCACAUGGCAUUAAUCUGCCAUUAUCAUCACUGAGAAAAUAUACUCCCACAGUGUGGACUCAUUCGUUAAUCGGGUCCAAUGUGUGGGCCAUCUCCGACAGUAAAACCGGAAUUUGGCGGGAAGCGGAGCUUGAGUCAUGGGAUGAAGAACUCAAAUCGGGCCGGGUCGUUUUCCGAGACGAUGGUAGCUCGAUAAACGUCGGACACGAGUUUAUAUCUUUAUGUCAAUACGCCCAAAUGAGCGAUGAAGAUGACAAUGACAGUGACUCCUGUUCCAAUUCGGAACAGGAUGAUCUUUCCGAAAAUGAAAUCGAAGACGCCUCUGAAGGUUUAGGGUUUCUCGGUUCGUCAAAUCUACGAGGUAUACAAACCGAAACCGCCAUUUUUGCAGAAUGGGAGAAUCACACUCGGGGAAUCGCGUCUAAGAUGAUGGCUAACAUGGGUUUCCGCGAAGGAAUGGGUUUGGGUGUGAGGUUACAAGGACGUGUUGACCCGAUUUCGGUCAAAGUACUACCGAAAAAUCAGUCUCUCGAUCAUGCUUUCGAAUCUAACGAAAAUAAAGAUAAAAAUCAAGAGAAAAAACGAAGCAGAGGCGGGAAAAGAAAACGCGAUAAGAAAUUUGCAGCAUUAGCGAAGGCUGCCAAGUUACAAGAGGAACCGAGCUCGGAUAUUUUUAGUCUUAUCAACACACAGUUAGCGAAGCAUGAUGAAGCGUUGAAAGUCGGGUCAAACAAGAAACCGCAAAAGAAAGAUUUCCAGGAGAGUAAGAACGGUGACAGGCGGGCGCUCGUUGCGUUUGAUGAUGAGGUGAAGGAGUUACGUGCGAGAGUUCAAAAACUGGAGGAAAUGGCUAGCAGGAAUAAGAAAGAGAAGGUGGUUUACGAGGCGGCAGUUAGGAAGCUUAAUGAAACUCGGAAACAGUUGGCGGAAGUUGAAGCCGCGCAUGCAUCAGCGUCUAAUGCUGUUGCUAGUAAAGAGAAGGAGAAGAGAUGGCUUAAGUUUUAAUAUCGGCGUGACAUUGUUUGUAAUUGAAAUCUGUUAUAAAUAUCGGCGUGAUAUAAUCAUAGUUUAUUUUUUACAUUAUUUGCUAAAACUGAGUGAAAUCAUCUUUUGAUUGUGACA